AUGAAUCCACUGACAAACACGAAGAACCAGAAUAUCUUAAAUGAACGUGAGCUACGGUUGGGUUAUACCGGCACACUUAGUUCAUGGCAUAUGCAAUACAAAAAGUCUGCUUGGAUUUUCGUUGGUGGUCUUAAUUACGAACUGACCGAAGGUGAUCUCAUUUGUGUUUUCUCCCAGUACGGUGAAAUAGUAAAUAUCAAUCUCGUCCGAGACAGAAAAACUGGCCAGUCAAAAGGUUUUGCUUUUCUGUGCUACGAGGAUCAGCGUAGCACUGUUCUGGCGACAGAUAAUCUUAACGGAAUCAAACUAGCUGGACGAAUAAUUCGCGUGGACCAUGUGGAACAAUACAAGGUACCGAAGGAUGGUACUCUAGAUGUGGGUGGUAGUAAACGAAAACCGAAAAAAAACGCGACUGUGCCAGAGGAUCCUGAUGCGGUGGCUGCGUUUGUUCGUGAACACGGCUGUGGUCCGGAAGUAGUAGAACAGCUGAAGAAAGUUCAAAAAGAACAAAAAGAGCUAGCUAAAAAAGCUGAACGAGAAAAAGCAAAUCGCUCCCCAAACAAAAUCCCAGACCACCCCCGCCUACCGACUCGAUCUGAACGAAAAAGGAGUCCGCCGGAUGAUCGAGAACCCCAUAGUGACCAACCGUCAAGUCACGCAGUCAAGCGACGAAGCCCAUCUUGGUCUCCACCACAUAAAAGAAGAGGUUCUCCCUCACGACCAGUGAUUGAUUCCUCACGGAAAUACAGAGAUGGUUCGACGGAUUUAUCCCCACACGAAAAGAGAGGAAGUGAAAUUGGACCAUUCCGUUCAGUGUGCGAGUCAGUCAACUCCCCUCCAAGGCGAAGACAAACGGAGGAUUUCUCACCUCAUCGAUUACGAAUCCCGAAUCGUUUCCCACCUCGAGAGGGGCGCAAUCAAAUGCUCUCUCCACCGGAUGGAAAUCGGGGGCCGUUACUUUCUCCACCCCGACGAAGACAUGAUGUGACACCUUCCUCUCAUCGCCGAGUACAGUUUUCCCCUUCCCCACCACGCCGAAGACAAAGACUUUCACCUCCAUCCCGACAAAGACGUGGUGUGACACCCUCCCCUCACCACCAAAUGCAACUAUCCCCUUCCCCACCACGCCGAAGACGAGAACUUUCGCCUUCUCCGCCUCGACGAAGACGCGGUUCUACUCCGUCCCUGCCGCGCCAAGAGCGUGUUGUUGUUCGUUCACCACGGGCUAGAAAUGAAAGCACAAACUCUGCGCCUCGCAUAAAACAAGAGUCUCCAUUCAACGAACCUCGACGAAAAGCCGAAAGACAACGAUAA